ACAGUGUGUGCCAGUUGAAGCGUCGGAAUGAAAUAAUACUUGUGAAGAAGUUGCCUGUCAGUUGUUUCUUGGAGCUCACUGCAAUCCCUCCUGGCUACUGUGAAGAAGAAGAAGAAGACUUUGGUUGUGUAGUCUUCCCCUCUGAUUGGUUAGCUCACUUUAGGUUCCCCCGCCUCCUCCUGACUCUCCCCUCCCUUGUUCCCCUUUGCAAGUAAACCCCCUCUGUAGUGUCCUCAAGCUUACCUGAGCCACAGCUGCAGGAACACUGCCCCCCCCACCCUCAUCUAAACACACACACGUGAGCUUGCUCUCUCUCUCCCUCGCUCUCUCUCUCUUUCUCACAUCCACACCUAGCUUUUCACCUGGCGAGUGCGGGCAUAGCGGACGGCAUGCGCAGCAGCAGCAGCAGCGGUGGCGGCAGCAGCAGCAGCAGCUCUCUCUGCUCCCGUCAGGCUCUCUGACUUGCCUCCUACUGGAGUUCACCUCUGAGGAAGGACUUUGGAGCUAUCCGUCCCCAGAAGCUUUGCGACGGGGCCGUCGGCUGACCCGCAGCCAGCACGCAGCAUGAUUUUGGGAAGUAUAAAUCGUGCCGGGGCAGCGGUGCCAGCAUUCUUGCGGACCCCAACAAUGAUCCAGUCCCACCUGGACAUGAAGCCCUUCCUGCAGUUCUCCAUGGAGACAACACCUCCUCCUCCCCCUCCUCCUCCACCUCCUCCACACGGCUUGAGCCUCUUCCACAACUUCAGCACGAUGGACCCGGUCCAGAAGGCGGUGAUCAACCACACCUUUGGAGUUCCACUGGUCAAGACCAAGCGGCCGGUCAUCUCCUGUAACGUCUGCCAGAUCCGUUUCAACUCGGAGAACCAAGCGGAAGCUCACUACAAAGGAAACCGACACGCCAGGAGAGUCAAAGGCAUCGAGACGUCAAAGAGUCGCUGUCAAGAUGGCGAUAAACCUCAGAUUGUGACCCCCACCGCCUCUCCAUCUCCUCCGGGCGCUGCCUCAGAUAGCGAGACCGGCAAACAAGAUGAAACGCAGCCUUUGGCAAACGGGCUUGCCCCAGGAGCUCUCCCGCCUCAGAGCGCCUCACCCGCCUCACCCUUAGAGCCACCCAGUGUACUUCCCAACCUACCCACUCCCGUCCCUCCCCCGAGCUCCACGUCUUCUUCCGGUGCCAACUCCGAGUCGCCCCCGGUUCCAGCAAGCGGCCCGCCCGGCCCGGAGACGGAGGAGGACAAGGCAAAGAAGCUGCUGUACUGCUCCUUGUGCAAGGUGGCUGUCAAUUCCUUGUCCCAGCUGGAAGCUCACAAUAAAGGUACCAAACACAAAACUAUUUUGGAGGCUCGGAGCGGGCUGGGCCCCAUCAAGGCAUAUCCACGCCUGGGUCCCAAGCCCAGUGGGGAGCAGGGAGGCGGCCCGGUUGACCCCAACACUCAGGAAAGAACCUUCCACUGUGAGAUCUGCAAUGUGCGGGUCAAUUCUGAACUGCAGCUCAAACAGCACAUAUCAAGUCGGAGGCACCGGGACGGCAUGGCGGGCAAGCCCAACCCCCUCCUCGGCCGGCACAAGAAGCACAGGGGAAUUGAUCUGACGUCUUCUCUGACGUUCUCCAAGAGUCUGAGCAAAGCGUUAGGGGCCGGCCUGCUCCCCAGUCCCUUGGCCGUGGCGGCGGCUAUGGCGGCGGCCGCUUCGACGAACCCGCUGGCGCUCCGCGCGGCGGCCUCGGCGCCGCACCCGCAUCACCACCUUCUGCAAGGACCGCCCCUCAGCCACGCCAUCUUAAGACCCGCGCCGGGGCCCAUCCGCACCACCCACGGACCCAUCCUCUUCUCCCCUUACUGACUCGGGCCUGAUCGGGAUCAGCCACUCCAAAAGCACACUGUGAAGACGCAGACAGCAACUGAUCCAAACUUUGAACUGAGAAAAAAAAAAAAGAAAAGAGGGCGGAGCAGUCUCUCAUAUUUCCCUUUACCUGAAAUUCUUCCUCCAUUUCUGAGACUUCUGCGAGACCUGCAGAUGGAAUGGUCAGAGAUGAUUAUUCAUAAGGGGUUGAAGUUCCUGGCACAUCCUGACCGACUCUCCUGGCAGUCCCAAAUAGCUACAAAAAAGAAACGCAUAUCAAAACCACGUGUCACUGCACCGUGUUGUUUCUUUCCUGUCAUCAUGACAAAAUGUGCUCUUCUCAUCCUAUGCACUUCCAAAAAAAACAUUUGGUUUUUGGUAGCUUUGCUGUGAUAGUCCACUUUUUUUUUUUGUGCCGGGGUGUUUGCUAGUAAUAAUGCACACGCAAGUCGUAAAAGCAACAAGAGAUAAUGUCGCUCACAGAGAAGCUCGAGUGAGAAAAGUCUUAGCGCAGGUUGUCGGAUUGGACGAAUCUGCAUUUCCAAAAUAGAUGGUAUCAACAAAAACAUUUCCACAGAAACCAGAGCAGGCUGGGACGUAGAAAUCUCCAAAUUGGAACAUAAUCCGAUAACUUCAAAAUUGUUCACUUUUAAAUAAACAACAUAGUAUUCACGAUUUACAAAAAGUUGGGAUUUUGGAGGGCAUUUUUGUUUCAUCCUGCAAUUUCACCUAAUUUCUUUAUAAAAACAUUCCUUAAUGGCACACAAGUAAAGAAGGUGCCUGACAGUGACGAGUUAGAGCCAACAACCGGUCGGCCGAAAGGUUACACUGCCACCUACUGGCGCUUGCUUUGUACUGCAGGAAUUUUGUCAGCGGGGUGGCAAUCGGGCCAGCUACAUGCUAGUCGCAUAUUAGCAUCUGUUUGGGAAAGUCAAAGUAUGCACUGAAAUGGCAACUGCUGUAUUUCCAUGUUCUCUUGGAGAGAGCUUCGUCUCAUCAAGCCGUGGGUGCUGAGGUUGCAACACCAACUUGUUACAUUUGGGUCUGGCAAAGUCUGGCUUUUUUCCCCAAGCCUGCUCCUUCAUCUUCCACCUCACCAAGCCUUCCUUUCAUGGAGCAAACACAUGAAAAUCCAAAACCUGAGAGAAAGAAGGAGCGAUCGGAUAGAAGCCAAAUACAUGACUAGAGCAAUGAGCGACAAUUGGACCAGAACCGCAGUGAGGUCACACGCAAGUUUUGUUUUCUUCCAAAAAGCCAUGAAAUGCACCGUGAUUUGUUUUCCUCUGCAUGGUGAGCUCUUUAUUGAGUUCACACAGUUCACUUUGACAUCAGAGCACCAAAAACAAAGAGAAGAAACACGAUGAUGACAUUUUGGAAAGAGGGAGGGGAGCAGCGAUUGCCGCAACUGAGCUCCGGACAUGUUCACUGUGCCGCCUUUCAUUGAGAAGCAAUGAAUUCUAAUGUUUUAGUCUUUUUGUCUGAAUAAUGCAAAGCCACGAGCAUUUUGUUGUUGUUGUUGUUUAGCUUUGUGACAUGUCAUUCAGAGUCGUACAUGUCAACCAGGAGCACGCCGAUAGAUUUUUUUCUUCCAUGAGGGUGGUGAACCUUCCCCGGGCUUCCUAAACUGGACUACAAAGAUGGAAUUGGGUUAAUAUUAAAGAACUUUUUUUUUUUUUUUUGCUUAACUAAUGUCUGCUUUGGGAACAGGGUAUAACGCCAGAAGUCUUGCGACAAAAAGCUAUCGACUCGCAAAACUGGCAGAAUGGUUUUCUAGUUAGUUGUGCUGUUUUAAAACGGGAAGAUGAUCCACCUCGUCGUCAGUGUCUGAGUUUUCUUCCAGGGGUACGUGCUCUCCUUCUGUUCCUGUGUGCGUUGAGACCUUCUCGCUCUCUUCCGGAGUUCAAAAGGUCAUAUUUGGAAGCCGCGCCGUCGUCGCAUGAUCCAGUGCUCCACAAACGAAGCAAUCAUCACGGCUCAUGUUUGAUAUUCACAAAAUGCUCAAAAUCACGUUGGAUUCUUAUUUGGAGAGCAGAUGUUAGCUGUUUUUGGGCUACUAGCCUUAGCCUUAUGCUGCCCUCCAUCUCUCCUGCACGGGGAGGGGCAGAGAAAAAGAGACAGAGAGGCCAUGCUGUAAUUUUGUCUUGCCAAUAAAGUUAUUUUUGAAUUUCACUGUCGGAUGGACAAAGACUUUCUUUGUAUGAUGAACUGUAGCAAUACCUGAUUCCUUCCGGCUACUCUUGUUUAUUGCAAUAAGAUGAACUUGAAUCAUAUGCGUGUAUGUGAGUCAGUCAUUAUCCAUGUAAUUUAAAAAAGAUGGAAAAUAAUGUCGCUAUAAAAAGAAAAGCAAAUGUCAAUAAAUCAUUACAAAAACAA